AUGAACUCCCCUCCUAGAUCUCCAAUUAGCAUUUCCUCAGCUGAAACAUAUAUUCCUGAGGCUCUCAGACUACGAUCACCCGUGGUCCGGUUGCGUACUUCGCUGAUCCACGAUCCAGUAAUCAAUCAGUCAUAUGUGAAGUCUCCCAUAAUAAGAGAGCGCACAGCAUCUUUACAGGAACACCAGGUUCUUGAUCAAGUCCUGGAUAUCAUUAAAACUGAUGAGCAUACCAGAUGGAUUAAGGGCCUAUUCUAUUUGGCAGUACUUAUUAUAACAUGGGUCAUUGCCGUGCAAUUGGCUAAUAAUCUCAUGAAGAACACAGAUUACGAUCAUCCUCUUUUCAUUGCCGCUGUUGACGGAGUUUUCUUUCUGCUGUUUGGCAUUCGAAGUCUUUUAAGACACAUAUAUUCUGCUUUGACAAGGACAUUUGGUUACCGAUCGCCUCUUAUUCGGCAACCUGUCAUCAAUUACCAAGCUGCACAGUCUGAACCGGACUCGAUUCUUUUGGAAGCCCUUUCUUAUCAACUUUCCUACUACGAAAUCCUAUCAGUUGGCGCUCAGGUAGCUAUAGUGUAUUUCAUUAGUGGGGCGUGUGCCACUACAGCUCUCAAAUACACCAGUGCAUCCAAUCAAACCAUUCUUUCCACCACUUCCUCUCUUUUUACAUUGAUGUUGGGUGUUCUCACUCAUGUAGAGCGGUUCUCUGUUGCCAAAUUGGUUGCAAUUGUUGUUAGUAUUAUUGGAAUAUGCUUAAUAACUAUGGAGGAUUCCAUUAAACUCAAAUAUUCCACCUCAAAUCUAGAGAUCUUAGGUGAUCUUAUUGCCUUGGCGGGUGCGUUGGCUUAUUCUGCAUUUCUCAUUAUUCUUCGUUUGAAACUUGGAGGACAAACGGACUCUCAAAGGGAUAUAUUAGUCUACGUUUGUCUCGGAAUAUGUACAAUAUUGUUUGUUACUCCUCUACUUGGCAUAGCAGAUUUGAUUGGCCUAGAGAAGUUCUCCUUUCCUCCUGAUAGAACUACUCUUCUAAUAAUCCUUCUCUGCGGUUUUCUCAAUGCUGUUUCAGAUUAUUGUGCUUCGGUAGCUUCACUACUCACCUCACCACUUAUCACGUCACUUUCUCUAUCGAUGGCCAUUCCGGUUAGUAUGCUCUGCGACUCAUUUUUCUUCCAUACCAUCCAUACUUCGGCUACUUACUAUUUGGGAAUCAUCCUUAUAUUUUCGUCAUUCAUUUUCACUAGUCUCUCUGAUCAGGAAGAUGUCAUCAAUACCGCCGUUAAGGAGGCAGUUUCCGAAGCUGUCAAUUAUAAUGAUGCUCUAUCACCUAUCCUUACGCCUCAUCUUUCUAUUACUUCACCGUUCUCUUCUCCGGCCUUGCUCACCUACGACGAAAUUCCCGGUUUCAAUAUAGACAACUCUUCAAACAUUGCUGUGUCACAGCAACAGUUGGUUGUGGCAGGUGGCCACAACCGUAAAUAUUUCAUUAGGGAGGUUAAAACAUAA